AUGGUACCUCGAAUUAGUACGCCUCUUACCGAAGCAUUCGGCAUCGAAAAGCCAAUCAUGUUGGCAGGCAUGAAUGUUGCCGCAAGUCCUGAAUUAGCAGCAGCAGUGACCAAUGCAGGCGGUUUGGGCGUUUUUGGUGGUGUAACGUUUACACCAAAGAUCUUUCGAUCGAAAUUAGAAGAAUUGAAGGAGAAUUUAAAGGAUAAAAAUGCUCCUUUCGGUGUCGAUCUCUUGUUGCCACAAGUUGGUGGAAACGCAAGAAAAACAAAUUAUGAUUAUACCAAGGGUCAUUUAGCUGAAUUGGUCGAUAUUACGAUCGAAUUUGGAGCAAAAUUAUUCGUUUCUGCUGUUGGUGUACCGCCACAAUGGGUUGUGGAAAAGUUACACAAGAAUGGAAUCUAUGUUGCCGGCAUCAUUGGUCAUCCAAAACACGUUCAAGGUGUGUUAAAAGCAGGUUCGGAUAUGAUUAUUUAUCAAGGUGGCGAAGCUGGCGGUCACACAGGCGAUGUCCCUCUUUCGGUUUUAGGACCAAGAGUUGUCGAUUUGUGUAAAGGUCAUACAUCUCCUUUGACGGGUAAACCAAUCUUGACAAUCGCAGCAGGCGGAAUCUGGCGUGGAAAGUCAUUGGCAGCUUCAUUGAUGUACGGAUCAGAUGGUGUUUGGGUCGGAACACGAUUCGUCGCUUGUACGGAAUCAGGAGCUCCAAAAUCUCACAAAGAGAGCGUUUUAAGCGCAAAUCAUGAAUCCGACGCACGUACGAUCAUCUUUACCGGUAGACCAUUGCGUGUAAAGACGAGCGAUUAUAUCAAAAAAUGGGAAGAGCAACCGCAAAAGAUCAAAGAAUUAACAUCAAAAGGUAUCAUUCCAUACCAAUACGACGUGGAAAAAGACCAAGUAGACGAAUCCGUUUGGCCUCAUUUGAUGGGCAAAUGCGCCGCUGUGAUUGAUGACAUCAAGCCUGCCGCAGAAAUUAUGGACGAUUUUAUGGUUGAAGCCGUUGAUGCUUUGCAACAAGGCCAUAAGUACGUCCAAGGCCAAGCAAGAUUGUAG